AUGGAAAUAGUGAAGUCGAGGUUCAAGAGAGUCUGUGUGUUCUGUGGAAGCAGUAGCGGAAACAGAGACUGUUACAGAGAUGCCGCCAUUGAUCUAGCUCAAGAGCUGGUUACGAGGAGAUUGAAUCUUGUGUAUGGAGGAGGAAGCAUUGGUCUGAUGGGUUUGGUCGCACAAGCUGUUCAUGAAGCUGGAGGACAUGUACUUGGGAUCAUACCAAGGACUCUUAUGGACAAAGAGAUAACCGGAGUAACAUUUGGUGAGGUAAGAGCUGUGGCUGAUAUGCAUCAAAGGAAAGCUGAAAUGGCACUCCACUCCGAUUGUUUCAUUGCAUUACCAGGUGGUUAUGGGACACUGGAGGAGUUACUGGAAGUCAUAGCAUGGGCACAACUUGGAAUCCACGACAAGCCUGUGGGUUUGUUAAAUGUGGAUGGUUAUUACAAUUACCUCCUCACUCACAUUGAUAAAGCCGUUGAUGAUGGCUUUAUCAAGCCAUCUCAGCGUCACAUCUUUGUCUCUGCUCCUAAUGCCAAAGAGCUUGUCCAAAAACUUGAGGCAUAUGAGCCUGUGAGUGAUGGAGUCAUAGCAAAAUCUAAAUGGGAGAUUGAGAAGAAAGUGCAACAGCCGCAACAACAAGUAGUGUUCUGUUCUAACACAGGCAUGCAGAGUGAGAUUACUCUUUAG